AGAAAAUCAAGUAAUUCCAUGUUCAGACGCACCGCCUUUUGCAACAGCAGAUAUAACGGUUACUCCUGGUGAAGAACGUUUCGACAUUAAUGGGACAGUGACUACAAAUUUUAACAUUGCUGAAGGCGAUGAGUUCACUGCUGAAUAUUUCUAUGGAAAUUCUUCAGAAGGAUUUAUUGACCAUAUUUGUGAAAGAUUGAAAAACUGUCCAACUAGAGAAUAUCAUAUUGCAGACUUUAAUGAUAGAAAGGACCGCACUGUACUCUACAUUCAAGUUAAAAUUUUUUUCAAUAUAACAAUAAAAGCUUGUGGUCAGAUUAAUCCACCAUUUGCUUGA